AUGGUACUAAUAUUAGGACAACUAAGCAGAGAGGCUCUUGGGGUACAUGAUUCCCCAGCAACUAAGCUUAAAGUGUUUGAAAUGGACCACAAAUCUCUGCGAGGUCAUGAGAAUUUUCCCUUCUCUUCAGGAUCCUCCCAUGCUGAAAACAUACUCCAGUUACUUAAUGAGUUCCGAGACAGCUGCCUCUUCACAGAUAUUAUCAUCCGUGUGGAAGGAAAAGAGUUCCUGUGCCACCGAGCUGUUCUCUCAGGCUGUUGCAACUACUUCAUGUUUUGUAACGACCACAGGGAGAGCCAAGAAACGCUGGUCGAGAUCAAAGGCAUUUUAGCUGAAGCUAUGGAAUGUAUUUUGCAGUAUCUAUAUACCCUGAAGGUGAAGAUCACAACAAAGAACGUCCAGUCUCUCUUCGAGUCCUCCAGCCUAUUUCAGAUUAGAGCUCUCUGUGACGCUUGUGCUGCCUUCUUAGAGGAGCAGCUCGAUCCCUGCAAUUGCUUAGGAAUCCAGCGUUUUGCUGACACCCACGCGCUCGAGAAUCUCCUUAGAAAAUGUAAGGCCAUGGCCUUACAGACUUUCGAGGAUGUGUCCCAGCACGAGAAGUUUCUUGAACUUGACAAAGAUGAACUUACUGAUUACAUGCGCAGUGACGACCUUGUGAUUCAGAAAGAAGAGGUGGUUUUCGAGGCUGCCAUGCACUGGGUCUACCAAGCUGUCCAUCUUCGAAGACCACUGUUACACGACGUCCUGACCCACAUCAGGCUCCCCCUCUCGCAUCCCAGCUUCUUUCUUCAGACAGUUGAGGUGGACGAGUUGAUCCAGAAUUCCCCGGAAGGUUACCAGCUCCUACAGGAAGCAAGAAGGUAUCACAUAUACGGCAAUGAGAUGAGGUCCCCAAGGCCACGCAGGUCUACUGGCUACUCAGAGGUGAUAGUUGCCGUUGGAAGAGGUGAACAAGUCAGAGGAUUUAAUAAUCCAUUCACUGUGUGCUAUGAUCCAGUAACAGAGAAAUGGACGUCCCUGGCGAAGCUUCCACUAUUUACCAAAUCAGAGUAUGCCGUCUGUGCACUAAAGAACGAUAUUCUUAUUUCAGGUGGAAGAAUCUACAGCCAAGAUGUCUGGGUUUAUCACUCAAAGUUAAAUAUCUGGAUCAGAGUUGCCUCUCUAAAUAAGGGAAGGUGGCGUCACAAGAUGGCGGUCCUUCUUGGAAAAGUGUAUGCUGUUGGAGGCUAUGAUGGGCAAAACAGACUUAGAAGUGUCGAGUGUUAUGAUUCCUUUUCAAAUCGCUGGAGAGAAGUUGCUCCACUUAAGGAAGCAAUGAGAUCCCCUGCAGUGACCAGCUGUGUAAGGAAGCUGUUUGUGAUUGGUGGAGGACCUAAGGAUACUACUUCUUCUGAUAAGGUUCAGUGUUAUGAUCCAGAAACCAAUUCAUGGCUGCUUCGUGCACCUAUCCCAGUGGCCAAGAGGUUCAUAAUGGCUGUGUCUUUAAACAACCUGAUCUACGUUGCUGGAGGACUGACCUCAGCAGUCUAUUGUUAUGAUCCAGUUAAAGACUACUGGAUGCAUGUUCAAAACACAUUAGGCAGACAGGAAAACUGUGGUAUGUCAGUGUGUAAUGAUAAAAUCUAUAUCCUGGGUGGAAGAGGAGAAAACGGAGAAGCCACAGACACUGUUCUCUGUUACGAUCCUGAGACAAGUAUCAUCACAAGAGUUGCUGCAAUGCCCAGACCAUUGUCCUAUCAUGGCUGUGCAAGUAUUCAUAGAUACAAUGAGAAAAUGCUGUAA